AUGACUCUUUUGCAAGCCUGGCUGUGGAGACAGGAUGAGACUUUGAACGCCGGUCUCCAAAGCCUUCCGAAAGUCGAGUUGGGAGCCGGGCGCAUCACUUGGAAAACGGCCACAGUGGUGUUGGUUCUAUGCGUUGUCAUCAGUUGGGCAAUCUUCCGCUGUGUCAGGCCUCGAGCCAAGCGAGCGCGGGAAGACACUGAAAAUAACCUGCAGAAGCCAUUGCUGAGCACAGAGGUGGAUGACAGGCCGUCGCAGGCUCCUGCAAGCAGCUACAAGGACCACGAGGAUGUGCCAAGGGCUGAUGACAAUACCACGCAUGACUACCGCAGGGAGUUCCUAUUGUUUGGACUCGCGCAUGGAGUUUUGGCUUUCGUUCGGCAACUUUGGCUGAGAGACAGUCUUCCACAUGCAUGGGGCAUCUUGCAGACUGAUGCCACACAAGAGUGGGGACAGGCAAAUUUUCGUCGGUAUUUGGUGCAGCGAGGCUUGCGCGCAGGCGGGCACAGAACGGUGUUUGAUGCUCCGUUUUUGGAGUAUGACUGGUACUCAUCGCUUUCUUUGACACUGCAAGCAGUCUUCUUGUUCCUGAUGCUCCUGGCCUUGAUGUCGGAAAUUUGCAGCUGGAAGGACAUAUCUCGUGCUUGGAGUUUUCUAGGAGCGGCAGUUGCCGUGGCUUCAGCUGUGAGCAUACUCAUUCCCAACUACGCCCAGAUGACUCAGCUGCCACAGUACUUCAACCACUGUGGUCAGGACUUCGAUGCAUUCAUGCAGUUCAUGGUGUCCGGAGUCUUGGGAAUGAUGUUUGCUGUGCCGUUGGGUUUGCAAGUCUUUGGAUUGCUCGUGGCCAUUCCAAUCGCAGCUGUUCGGGGCAUCUGGUUUGUAAUGGCAUGGGGCGGGAUAGGCUCCCACAUGCGGCAUGUGCUACAAGCUGCCAUGUGGCUGCUGGCCUUGUUAAUUCCCUUUGUCACCAUCUUUCCUCUGAUGUUCUUCAAUCAGCUUACAGAGGAUGUGGAAUCGCAUCAGAUUCUUCUUGCAUUUUGGUGGGUUCCGUCUCUGCUCAUCGCGUAUAUGAGCGCUGUGACGCAUGAAACAUGGUUCUACUUCAUGUGGCUUGCUGCAUACAUCGGACUGUUCACAGACUUCUUGUGGAGACAGGCCGCGCUAUUCAACAUCGACAUCCAGACAGUUGUUGCUGAUCUUGACAUUCCGUGGCUCUGGUCUUUGAUGCACGCAAAUUUCUGCUUCACUAAUGUAGUGAUUACAGACAUCAUUCGUAAGGUUCUACCAGAUUCGCCGGCAAACAGUCCAGACGACAUGGAGCCCUCACAGCCGCCCUCACCGCGGAUACAAGAGCAGGAGAUUCCCCUGGUUGCCUUGGCACUUCCGCGCCCAGCUGCGCCAUCAGCAGUUGAGUUUGGUGGUAUGACUGGGCUUGCAGAAGCGCGCACGGUGGCAGGCGUGUCUGUCCUCAAAUUCCAGAGUGAAGCGCAGAUGCAGCAAGCCAGCAGGCAGGCAGGUGGUUUUUGCGACAUCGUACCCCUGACCUCCCUCGUGAGCGUGAGGGGGCCGCAUUUCGACAACACUGAACCUUGA